AGCAUGAACGCUUGGUGCGCAUCCACCAAAUUGCACUAGUGUCGGGGAUCCGCUGGCUAAUGCAUCAGACGUCUGCGAAUCUGACACUUGUGGUUUAACUGGAGCGGCGGUGCCAAGUAGACAGACCCGGCCCAACCCUUUUCCCAUAUAUAAGCCAUCUGAAAAGUGGAAGGUGAUAGAUACCGCGCAUAAAAUCUCUCUAAGGUCUUUGGUUAUUUGACAGGUUCACAAUGACAAGGUCUUCUCUCUAUGCUCUGCUGGUGCUGGUGUGUGUAACAUUCACCUACUCGUCCGCUCAAUCGAGCAGUUGUACCGGGAGGUGUGGGGAGGAGUACUACAGGGGUUACCUAUGUCACUGUGACUACGAUUGCCUCACUCACGAUGAGUGCUGUAAAGACUACGAGGCCAAAUGCACCACACUUGGCUCGUGUAAAGGACGGUGUGGGGAGUCCUUUAAAAGGGGCAGACAAUGUGACUGUGACCCGGACUGUGGCCAGUUUGGCCACUGCUGCCCCGACUUCAAGCAGUUCUGCAACACAGAGGAAGUCUCAAAAGAGCCAGCCAAUGCUGCUGCCGCCACCGAGGGGCCUAACCCAUGCCUAAACGCUCACGCUAGCAAACCUGCAGAUCCGCCUCAGGACUCAGAGGCCCAAGGUGAGGGUGAAGUUGGGAAUGAGGAUAUUUCAGAUAGCAUGUUGAGCCCAACUGAUCCUCCUUAUGAGGAGCCUCUGUCACCUGCACCUGAAGAUGGGAUCAGUGGUGAACCAGACAUACCAGAGGAGCCUCCUCUGCUUGAGGGCACAAGCGGCUAUGAGCCCCUGGCAACCUCAGUUCCUGAGACCCCUGUACCAACCAUCAACGUGGUGACACCCAAGACCAGCAUGUCGGACGAUGCUGAGGCAGUACUGGAUGAAGAGCAGAAGGGGGACCCGCGUCUGGAUGACCUCACCCCGCCCGCUGUCCCAGACCCCACAAGCUUCCCAUCUCCCGUUCCCACCAGCCAAAUGCCCACCAUGAUAAACCCAGACUCAACACCACCUCCCUCAAAUCCAUCUGACCCCGCCAGCACUCAGGCAUCUACCCCAGCACCUGAGGGAGAGGACCAGGCUAGCAUGACACAGAGUCCAGCUAGUGGACCCACAACAAACCCUGCAUCAGAUGCUCAGCAGAGUAACACGAUCUUCGACGACCUGGCCACCACUGGCCCUCCUGAGGCACAGGAUGCCGCAGAGAACGCCGGGACCCCAGCAGCAAAACCCACGGAGGCCCAGACCACGACCGCACCUCCACCCUCGGCCAGCGCGACUGUGCCCACGGACCAGACACAGGACCCCAAACCAGAGCCAUCGGCCACUCAAGACCCCGCAGCAACCCCAUCUGCGCCAGAGGUAACAGUUAAGCCCCUGGAAAUGACCCCCCAGCCUCUGGAAACGCAGAAGCCAGGGGAAAACAUGGCCUCCACAGAGGCCACUGUUGCCUCCGACGACCUGGCCACCACUGGCCCUCCUGAGGCACAGGAUGGCGUAACGAACGCCGGGACCCCGCCAGCAAAACCCACAGAGGCACAGGAUGUGGCCACGACCACACCUCCACCCUCGGCCAGCGCGACUGUGCCCACGGACCAGACACAGGACCCCAAACCAGAGCCAUCGGCCACUCAAGACCCCGCAACCACCCCAUCUGCGCCGGAGGUAACAGUUAAGCCCCUGGAAAUGACUCCCCGACCCCUGGAAACGACGGCAAAGCCUGUGGAGAAGACCCCCAAAGCAACUCCCCUUCCCAGCAAACCCACCAAGGCCCCCAAAGUAACUCUCCUUCCCCGCAAACCCACCAAGAAGCCUGAGAAACCAAGCUCAGCCAAUGAUAUCAAUUUCCCUGGGAUGGACAACUCCCGAGACUACCAGUCAGACGACAGCAAUGACACCAACCUCUGCAGCGGUCGCCCCGUCAAUGGCCUGACCACGCUGAAGAAUGGGACGACUGUGGUUUUCCGAGGUCACUACUUCUGGAUGCUGGACGCCAUGCGGGUGCCAGGGCCAGCGCGGGGCAUCACAGCGACAUGGGGAAUCCCCUCACCCAUAGACACAGUCUUCACCCGCUGCAACUGUCAGGGAAAGACAUAUUUCCUGAAGGGUCGGAACUACUGGCGCUUUGAAAAUCAGGUCAUGGACCCUGGCUACCCCAAGGCCACCCGGACAGGUUUCGACGGUCUGACAGGUCACAUCACAGCUGCGCUGUCAGUGCCUGCUUACAUGGCGAGGAGGGAGUCUGUGUACUUCUUCAAGAGAGGCGGCCGGGUGCAGAAAUAUUCGUACGACCCUAAGAAGGCUCCCAAAUGCUCCAGGAGCCAGCCGCCCAGCCAGCCCAACCAGAGGGUCCACUACGCUGUGUACACCCGCAGGACCAGACAAGCAGAAACCUACCUGGGCAAGGAGCUGAGCAUCACCGCGACCUGGAAGGGCUUUCCUACGACAGUAACCUCCGCCCUGUCCCUUCCUUCAAGACAGGCAGUGGAUGGCUACAAGUACUACGUUUUCUCUCGCACGCGCCACUACAGCAUAAGGAUGGACGGGGAGAAGCCAACGGUGACCACGCCGCCCCAAGCCCCUCAGACACAGAGCACGUCCCAGAGCUUCUUCAACUGCCCCAAAACUGCCCAGGCCUGAGGGACAGGGGGAGACGAGGAACAGCAGAAGAAUGCCCACACACACCUACAUAUCCAUUGUAACAGUUUCACAGACCAAUUGCACAAUUUCAACCCAAUUUUGCUGCUCUUAUUUCUUCAUUGUAUGUGCCUUCUUAUUUACUUUUUAUUGUU